AUGGGACUUCUUCACCCUUUCUGUGCAGAAUCAGGAGAGAUGAUUAAUUUGCAUAAGUCAUUUGUUAAGUUUAGUCCGAAUACUCCCCAAGAUUAUAAUGAGGCCUUAGGUUGUAGUUUACGACUUCGGGUGGCCCCGUCCUUUGGUUCUUAUCUGGGACUUCCAAUGGAUUUAGGGAGAAGUAAGGUGAAUGAUUUCGGGUUUUUGAUUGAUAAGGUGGCUGCUCUCUUGGCAUCCUUUGCCUCUCUUCGUUUGUCGGCAGCAGCAAAGUUGAUUAUUAUUAACUCGAUAUUGGUGGCAUCCUUUAAUCAUGUUCUCUCGGUGUUCAAGAUUCCGUCGACUAUUUGUUCUCAUAUUGAUAAUUUGCUUGCUCGGUUUUGGUGGCGGUCUUCGGUGGGUUCCAAAGGCUUGGCUCUGCGUUCGGCAUCCUUGCUCCAUUUACCGAAGGGCCUAGGUGGUCUUGGGAUUCGUAAUAUAGGGUGCUUUAAUUCGGCGCUUUUGGCUCGUCAAGGUGACAGAAUGUCUCAUAACCCCCAGCUCUUGGUGUCCCGCCUCUUAUUUUCCAAGUAUCCGACUCGCCGAUCUCGCCCGGAGCUUCGGAUUCUUCGUUCUUCUUGGGGUUGUCGUAGUCUUCAGGUGGGCUUUUCAACGUUGGCUUCAGGAACUAUGUGGAAGGUCGGGAUUGGUUCCCAGGUUAGAAUUCUGGCUGACACUUGGGUUCCGAAUGGCCCUCCUACGCUUAGGGAGGGUGUUUCCGAGUCAAAUCUUCCGAAUCAUGUUUCUUCACUUAUUGAUCCGCGUUCAAACGCGUGGGAUACGGUUAAGGUCCAUCGCAUGUUUGAUGCUGUUAUGGCCGUCAGGAUUUUAGCUCUUGAAAGGCCUUCUCAGCGAAUGGAUGAUUUUUUUUACUGGAAACAUACUAGGGAUGGGAUCUUUUUAACUAAAUCGGCUUAUACUUCUUUGGUUUGUGCUACUUCUCAUCGUUCGGGGACGGAUCUUGUGUUUCCCCAAUGGUGGCGCAGGUUUUGGGGUCUUCCACUCCUCCCGAAAUGGAAGGUUUUUGGUUGGAAGUUGCUUCGCAAUGCUCUUCCAGUGGCCGCUGUUCUUAUUCAAAGGGGUAUUUCAGUUGAUCCUUUGUGUUCGUUUUGCCAUGUGGAGGAGGAAACGGUGGGUCACCUUUUUCGUGAUUGCGAGGUGGUCAAGCACCUCUUUCUACGUAGUUCAUUGGCCUUUAGUUUGCAUGAUUUGUCAGCACAAUCCUUUCAGAUUUGGUUGGUCGAUGUGAUCUCGACUUUUUCUUCUUCUAAGGACUGGAAUAGCUUGACAUCUUUGUUUGCUUUGUUAUGGGUUAUUUGGAUUUCUAUAAACAAUUUCCGAUUUCGUUGGCAGUCCUUGGUUUCUGAGGAUGUUUUGGUCCUGGCUUCUAGUUGGGUUAUCAGAUGUCAGGAAGCCCAACGGUUUGUUGUAGCCAUCAAUAGGCCUUUGACUAGGAUUCCUUCGGGCCUGUUUGGUUCUACUUUUUUGCUUUCAGGGGAUUCUUCAAGGUCUUUGGAGUUCUGUGUCAUCUUAGAUAGUUCGUGGUCAGUUAGGGAUAAUACUGCCGGAGUGGGUUGGGUUUUUCGGACUCCCGACUCUUCUCUUUUUCUGGGAGGAGGUGCUCGUGCUACUUGUGCUUCUUCGGCUAUUCAUGCUGAGUUGCUGGCUUGUUAA